AUGUCCCUCCAGCCCUACAUUGACAAAAAAGUGUUGGUCAUUACAGUCGACGGGCGAACCCUCGUCGGAACCCUGCUCUCCUGUGAUCAAGUCACCAACAUUGUUCUCAACGACACGGUCGAGCGUAUCAUCCGGCCAGCAGAUGAUCCCGAACCGAGCUCCCAGGUCAGCCAUGGCUUGUACCUGGUGAGAGGCGACAACAUCACAAUCGUGGGGCUAGUGGACGAAGAGUUGGACAAAAGCAUUGACUGGGAUAAAGUCAGAGGCGACGUUAUUGGGACAACGAAACAUGUGUGA